AUGCUUUACUAUCUCAUCCACAGCUUCAAGUCCAACAAGGACGCCGAACCUAGCCUCGAGCCACCAAACCACCAAGAUGUCUCAACCUCUGAAAAAUGGCUCGCCCACAAAAUCCACCAACCAACAACCACCACUCCCACCCUGAACCUAGAGACCGCCACCGCCACCGUUGUCGACGACCUAAACCCAAGCCUCACCAACCUCCGCACCGUCGUCGAAAAUGACCCCCACCUCGCUGUCCUAGCAGACCAAAUGUUCACUCAAGCCGCCGCCCUCCAGCCCCGCGACCCGACAGAGCAACCCGCCGUCCAGUCCUUCCGCCAGUUCCUGCAGGUCGUCAACGUCAUCAUGCGCUCCGGGCCGCAGUUCUUUGACCGGCCGGGUAAUGAGGAUGCCAUGGGGUUCGUGGCCGCGCCGAUCAACGCCUUGUUGAAUUAUCCCAUGGGCACGGCGGCGGGUUACGAGUUCUUUCGGAGGUCGGAGGUAAAUGAGGCGAUGGGGAAGGUGUUAAGUGCUUGGGGCGAGUUUCUUGCUUCGGGGGAGUCGAGGGGGUGUUUGAGGGCUUGGGUGUCUGCUUCUGGGCAGGUUGUGAUGGCGGAGAGGGCGAAUGGAAGGUUGGAAGGUGGAGGGUCGGGGUUUAAGGAGUUGUUUGUUUGUCCCGAUGCUGAGGAUAUGGAGACGCUUGGGUAUGAAUCGUGGGAUGCGUUCUUUGUAAGGCGGUUUCGGGAGGGGGUGCGGCCUGUGGAGUUUCCCGAUGACGAGGACCACAACGGCGGGGAGAAGCUGUCUGUCACGGGCAGCAGUGGCACUGUUGACAUUCAAGUCGACGACAACACCUCGGUCAUCGUCAACGCGUGCGAGUCGGCGCCGCUGCAAGUCGUAUCCGACGUCGCCCUACGAGCAGACGUCACGCUAAAGGGCCAGCCGUACUCCCUCGCCGGCAUGCUCAACAACAACGCGCUCGCGCCGCAGUUCGUCGGCGGGACGAUCUACCAGGCCUACCUGAACGCCUUCAGCUACCACCGCUGGCACGCGCCAGUGGGUGGGCGGAUCGUCGAGGUCGAGAUGAUUCCGGGGACGUACUUCAGCGUCAACAGAUACCAGGGUAUAGCCGCGUGUGACAACGACAAUGAAGACACAGAUGGUCCGGAUCCGCAGGCGCCGUGUAGAUCGCAGGCGUACACCGCUUCCGUGGCGACGCGGGCGGUGGUGUAUAUCCAGGCGCGGAAUCCGAGGAUCGGGUUGAUGGCGAUUGUGUUUGUGGGUAUGACGGAGGUGUCUAGCUGCGAGGUGACUGUACGGGCUGGGGAGGAGGUUGUGAAGGGGCAGGAGAUUGGGAUGUUUCACUUCGGGGGCAGUUCGCAUUGUUUGGUGUUCCGGCCGGGUGUCGAGUUGAGGUUUGUUGAGAACCGAUUUCCUGCGGGUCUUGAAGGGAAUAAUAGGGUCAAUAGUGCGCUCGCUGUAGUUGAGUAA